UGAAUACCUCGUAUUGAGGCGCUUCGGGCCUUACGCGGCGGCAGCCACCCCAAGACUAGACGUGUGCCCUGUGGUUCGAAAGCAAACACGAGACGUGGACGGGGAUUUUGUGGAAACCGUGUUAAUAAUGGCGUCUACAGCAGGGAGAAAUACCUUGACUGUCGUUCGUGAUUUCAUGAAGCGUGUUUCCAAUACGAAGCGAUUUGAUCGGCUGAUGGGACAGGUUGUUGUCGUGGCCGCCGAGCCCGGCCAGCUGAAGGCCCAGUUCACGGUGGCCGAGGAGCACCUGAACGCGGGCGGCACGCUGCACGGCGGCUACACGGCCUACUUGGUGGACGUGCUAUCAACAGCCGCGCUCAUGACCGUGCCGCCGAACCUGGCCGGCGUGUCGGUCGACCUGAGUGUCGCGUACAUGAAGGCCGCCAAGGCAGGAGACGUCGUCACCGUGGACGCGCUCACGCUCAAGGUGGGACGUCAGUUAGGCUUCAGCAGCGUCGACCUCAGGAACGACGCCGGCCAGCUGCUCGCGCAGGGCAAGCACACUAAGUUCCUGAUUUAGUGGCCUCUGGCGGCCGCUGGCUCCACUUGACCGGCGGGGGCACCGGGGCACCGUGUGGGCGCGGACCUGGGCCGGGCAUUGUCGGCCGGCGGCUCCGGCGGAGAACGGCGCCGAGUCGUCAGAAGCCACCCCGACAGUCUUCCAGCGGAGAGACAGUAGUGCGACUGCUGGCGUCCGACGAACUCUACGCCUCGGGGACCAGUGGAUAGAUGAAAUGUCCAGGGUUUCGGUGACAACUUUAAUCGUCAUUUGACCCUGCUGACCUAACAAGUGCAAUGACCCUGGCAUUACUGUGUAUCAAGGCAUUCGCAGCCCGGAUACAGUGUAAGGUGCGCAUGCAAAUGAGUGACCAAUGUAUAAAUAGACUGAGUGCCGGUCUCGGUCGGGCUCCGUAA